UCUCGCCAGACGUUUCUUUCGUGACACGUGCAAUCCAUAGACGUGUUCUCUAUAUUACUAUAGACAACGCACGUAGCAUCUGAGAUACGCGAAGUGCAAUUUCGACAAAGGCACGUGCAACGAUCAGUUAAAGUUACGUAUUACGAAGCACCGUGGAUCGAAGAUUGCGUCGUAUGCAAUUCUUCGGCGUCCAUUUCACGCAUGCGUCAAAAACUAUUUAGAAAAUAACCAUCUGUUGUUAAGAUCUUUAGGAACUUCUAGGCAACGUCGGAACACUCCUACCAAACACAAGUGGUCUGAUAAGGUUCACCGAAUGAUUUUAAAAGUAUUGCCUGCUGAACGCACAAUUAUCGUUCGUUCAAAUGCUAUCUGGGCGUGGAUGAAGAAAGACAAACCGUUAGCAUCGGAGGUCUUAACGAGCUAUCUGCUGCAAACGAACGAGCCACCGUGGACGUCGUAUUUCGUGAAGUAUGCCGACGUCGUCGACAAUCAAAGGGGAAUGUCCCACUUCAAUUGGCCGGUAGGCAGCAGCAAUUACCACGUACUUAGAACCGGCUGCUUUCCAUAUAUUAAAUAUCACUGCACCAAAAGGCCGCGGCAGGACCUCACGAUCGAGGACAAACUUUUCAAGGCGAUCAAGCUUGCGAACCUUGGUAUACCCUUGCUGAUGUACGGACUGGCAGCGGCGUUGCUGAUCAGACACCGGGAGGCAGUGAAAACAGCCCAAGGAGACGUGACGAUCUACUUCUUGCUACCCGAGGACGUAGGUUCCAUGUACUGAUCCAGCUGCACAAAUCUACCUCCGCUUC